UUUUGCAAAGGUUCAAUUCCAGCGGGUGACCAGUGAAAGCCCGUUCGAUGACACGCCGCUGAAGAGUGUCUUCGCCAUUAAUGACAAUACAGACCUGAUGGGUUGCAUCAAACUGUUACACAAAAAUCAACCCAUUAAAGAAAACCCUGUGUUACUAGAAAAGCUGCAAAGUCUUAAUGAGACUGCUAGUAGGGCCCUCCACGUUGUAUCCACUAUGGAAGGGAAAACCUCCUCGGAUCAAAUCAGCAGCCUAGGAAGGAGAAUUACAACAUAUCAAACAACCCUUCAGAACAGCGUCGAUUCCGUUGGUUCUGGCACCAAUACAACAGACAUCGUUGACGCAUUGUCCGCGCUGCAGAUUGAAUAUUGGCCACUUUCUAGAAUGUUAACGAAAACAGCUGAUACGCUCAGUCACGGUGGCCAUACAAUUGCAAAAAACGACGCAAAUACAGUCUACGGUAUAGUGUCAGAGUUUGCACAGUCUCAUGACACAAUUAUGCAAAUCAUGCUGAACGCAACUUCCCAAGUACAGCUCACAGAGUUUUGCUUAACAUUUCGCGCCACGGUCUGUCAGUACAGCCUAUGUUUUGGUCAUUCAGAUGUAGAACUAACCGUGAAAGAAGAUUCGUGGAUACUCGGAGGAAUAACUUCUCCUACCGAAACCUUACGUUUUGAUCAGUAUCUGACGUUCCGUGAAGGUAACAAAGUAACAUGGAAACUGGCGGGCGAAAAAAUCUCCACAAGUGUGUCAGUAGAUUUUCAAAUCUUUGGAGAAACAAAAACACUGACGCUUUCGACCGAAGAUACAAUUGCUCAUAUACAGGGCAGUAUUGUUCUGAGCCAGAUUCCCAUCUAUUUAGUUGGACAUUGUAACAUACAUGUAGACACUGGAAGCACCUUACGGUGGAAUAUCACAAUUUUAUUUCUUCACCACUCAGACGGCCUUCCACGUCUUGUGAGAGAUCGGCUGGAGACGUAUCUCUCCGACAUUUUGACUAAAUCAGAUAAUCGUUAUGAGCUGGCACAAAAGUCGGUAGAAAGCCUUGAAAACCUUUUCUCUCAGGCAAAUGCAGACUUCAACAAUUCGAAUCAAAGCCUAGAAAGCAUCGAGCAAGAGUAUGCUACGGCUUUGUCCGAAUUAGAAGACAGUGAAAACGAGCUCCAGCAACUUGAGCAGGAGUUUGAAAGUGACAAAAAUAAUAUACAGAACCACCUGAAUGCACUUGACGCCCUAUGUGAACUGCAAACCUGCCCUGUUGUACAAACACCAGGUGUAAAGUGUAGUGCAUGUACAAGGCUUUAUACCCGUAAAAUACCAGAGAGAUGCUGCACACCUUGUUACAAAACUCGACGAGUAAUUGAACAGUACGAGUGCCAGACGACGUGUUUUGAUUGGAGCGAAACAUGUACAGUGACACAUUAUUGCCGAUGCAGUUUUUUGUGGAUCACUGGGUGCAGCUUUGGAGACAUAGUGAAAUGUACAGCCCAAACUGACUUUUACCCCUGCAGUGAGAACUGUAGCAAAUCUGUCACCUACUACGACGAAACAGAAUGCUGUAAAACGUGCUAUCAAACUGAAACAGGAUACGUUCAGACAGAAUGCUGCGAAGAAGUCCCUAACUUGACAGUAACACAAGAUCCAACAUGCCUCAGUGAGAAUGAAGCCUGUAGAUCAGUUCGAAGUACGGUCUUUUCUCGCUAUGAACACUCUUGGGGCGAUGUGACGACAAAGCUUGCUAGUCUACAGUCAGCAAGAUCGCGACGAAACACGAAUCAGAUAAACCUCGAAAACCUUCGUGUUCAAUUAGAUGCACAGCGUCUACAUGCCAAAGAACGUGAGGCACUAUCCGAGCGUUAUCGUCUGUCCCUGUCUGAAGCAAAGCUGGUCCUUACGUCUGUAAAGACCGCAUUAGGUGACUCUUUCAAACUCCGCGGCCUAUUUAACGGUACAGACAUGGCAGGUCUGCAAAUAGUAAACGUGUCAUCAACUAUGACGCUAACAAGCAACACAUCCAAAAUUAUACCCUUAAAGGUACUUGUUCAGGUUAAUUCUCGUCUGCAUGAAGUUGGAAUGGUUCUUGACCUUGACUCCAUUGAAACAUCACUUGCUAAUGGAGUCGAGAAGAUAGGAAGGACCAUUUUUGGCAACAUCGAUGCAGCACUCCACGCGGUCUCUACGUUUUCCGACACAGAAGGAAGAAGACGGAAGCGUGCUACUACAGAAACCACGGACCUUACCACUGACUCAUGUCACACAUUCAAUGAGAUUUCUACAUACCUCACUGAGAUAGUCACCCUAAUUCAGGAGUUUGAGAGGGAACAGCUUCGCAUGAAACUCUUGUUUAUGGAAACUGAACAACACUUACUCGCUUUAAAACAGAACGUCACCUUAUAUACGAGACUGCGGAAGAGUGCAUACAACAAAACAAUUCUAGUAGAUUAUUUCAACAUAACCAGUGAUUCUGACAAAGACAUUCAGAAUAUCAGCCAAGAAGCACAAGCAACUCUCAAGUUGAUUGAGACAAUUUCAUUUAUCAAUCGGAACAAUGAAGACACAUCAACGGGGACUGCGGCCGCAAGCCGUUUAUACGUGGCAUACGAAGAGGUAACACGUAACGCCUCCUAUUUCGACGUCUGUUUUGGCUUUCGCGACUGCAUACUUCAGGUUUUAGAGGACUACUACAACCUUCUCUAUCCUACAGAAGAACCUGAAGUCAUCGCUAUGGAGAGCAACAUUCUGGAGGUUAGGGAUAGUCUUGAAGUUUUGUUAAACGACACAAGUUUGAACAGAAGUAACAUCUAUUGGAACCUACAAAAUCUCAUGACAUGUAUCAACGCCACAAGCGAUGGAAACUGGCUCUGUGGCACGGCUCCAAAUAUCCAACUACAACCAUCGGUAACAAACAAAGUACUGCAGGGCAAUGACCUGACAUUGGAAUGUAAUGCUACCGGAGAGCCGGACCCUAAAUAUGAAUGGAUCAAAGACAGUAGAAUAAAACUUGGCAAUUCCACGGAACUGAUGUUGAAAAACGUGAAGGAGGAAGCAAGAGGAGAAUACGUUUGCAUAGCUUCCAACAGGUUUGGGUCUUCAUCAACCGUGCCUAUCCAAGUGGACGUCACAUCUAAACCGCAGCUCACUCAACACCCAUUGUCUCAGGAACUCGCUCUGGGCAGUGAAGUGGGAACCACAAUGAACUGCAGUGCAGCAGGUACGCCAACACCCUUGAUUCGCUGGUUCUUCCGAAAAAAUACAUUGUCAAAUUGGGAUCAGGUCAACAACGGGACAGCAUCAGACUACAUCCUGAUAAUCCACCCGACAUGGCAAGACGAAGGGUGGUACGCCUGCCGGGCAGAAAACGAACACGGACAAACUAUGUCAGAGCCAGCCUUUCUCAUGAUACUGGGUGUCACGGUGGCAGUGCCUACGGUAAACAUAACCUUUCAACUCACUGACAAACACAAAGAGAGUGUUGACAUCGAUACGCCGCUGCCUGGGGUCAAGCAUGAUGACCUCACCUUUUCAACUCAGAUACCAUCUACCGUAACAGUGGCACACGGUAGAUUGAAUGAAAGCUUGUCUACCACUCAGCCAGAGAUAAACAUUACCUCCGCGCCAGAUGUCAAUGCUGGAUACGGUGUUGAUUUUGAGAGAAUGGCGAGCAUCCUAGAAGAUAUAACUGGUCUCGGCAGUGUCGCAAAAGUGUUUCUAAUGAAAGAAGUAUUUGAUACUAGAUAUGAACGACGUCUUCAGAUAACAAUAAAUGGCAGAAACCUGACCAACGGAACAGAUUAUUUAUAUCUGUACCCUCAUUACGCAAAGAAAAUGACAUUUGAACUGAACGAAUUCCAAAGUAGGAUAUCCGAGCUUGAACAGGCGACAGAAGUAGGCAAUAUUACUGCAUUGUAUGGUGGUCAGAACAUCAACCUUGACCCCAGCGUAUUUGAAGUGUUAUAUACAGAAUUCCUGUGUCCAAGUGGGCAAGGGGUUGACGAAAACGGCUAUAUCUGCGUGAACUGCCCACCAGGAAAGUACAGGGGUCGCAGCGAUCUCUUCUGGUCACCAGAGUGCAGACCAUGUCCGAAGGGGUUCUACCAGGAUCAACAAGGCCAGGAGACAUGUGAACCAUGUCCAGAAGGAACUACGACUUAUUCAACGGGGACUAGAUCGUCUACGUUAUGCUACGAGCCCUGCUCACCUGGACAUUUUUCUGACAAUGGUAUCAUGAGUCAGAACUGCAGCUCCUGUCCAGAAGACACGUAUCAAGUACACUGGGAACAGACCUCAUGCACCGAGUGUCCACCGGGAAGGGGCACGCGUCUUCAGGGUGCGACGUCUCCGGAUCUCUGUGAAGUUAAAUGCAAUCAGGGCCAAUUCUCCGAGACUGGAUUCGAGCCGUGUACCCUUUGUCCCAAAGGAUCCUUUCAAAACAGGACAGGACAGACAACCUGUUUGGACUGUAAUGCCUCAUUGACCACAACUAGUAGCGGGUCUACUUCAUCCAAGCAAUGCAGAGAGCCUUGCCACGCGGGAUACUACUUCUUUGCGAGCGGUACGUCUGAUGAGGGGGAGUGCUCUCCCUGUCCUAAGGGAUACUUCCUACCCCGGCCCCGGGACCCACGAGAAGAAAUGAGGAAGUGUAUGAAAUGUCCUUUUGGUCAAACAACAUCUAGUGUUGGGGCAACAUCCUCUGACGACUGUGGAAUGAGCUGCAGACCAGGCUCGUACUCGGACUCUGGCCUUCUGCCCUGCACUCCUUGUACGAAUGGAACCUACCAGCCAGAGGAAGGGAUGAAACAGUGCAUGACGUGUCCAAACGGGACGAAAACAGAGACUGAAGGUUCAACGCAGUGUAAAGAAAUACCCAACCUAACUCCAGAGCGCCAGUCUGAAUCAGCCCCAAGAAAAGUUAUCAUCUGCUUGAGCGUUGGAAUUGGCAUUGGGGCCUUGACUACAAUAUACCUGCUGCUCACUAAAAAGCUGUUUCUCGUGAGACGAACAAGUCGGUAUAAGGCCACAUGAAAGUGUACAGUGUCUUGAUCUUUUGAAAAAUAUACGGUUUCUAAAGACAAUUGCCCGAUACGUACAUGCUCAGUUUUGUUUUACAAUCUUCUACGACGUAUACAUAGAAUUAUUAAUUAAAACUUCCUUGUAUCAUCUGGAUUCCAAAUGGUAUGUA